UAUUUUGGUACCGUUAACCAUACUGAAGGCUGGUGUCCUGGAAGCAAAGCGGCGAGUUUCAGUCAAAUUGGUUCUUAUGCCACUAUGCCCAACGUGAACAUAACAACCUGUGACUUUACAAUUGCAUUUUGGGUAAAGUAUACUGGUGUUGACGGGCCUAUACUGGCACUUUGGUCAAAGGGUGGAAAACUAUUUUACGUUGCAGUCAAGAAUUCUCGACUAAUUUUAUCGAUACACAACACUUUCAACUUACAAAUCAAUUACUGGAAUCACGUAGCAGUAACCUGUCAGCUGCACAAGAUCAAGGUGUUCGUUAAUGGUGAGGAGGAGGCAUUGAUAGACGAAUGGAAUGAGUAUUUCUUUUCAUCGUUAGGCUAUUAUCAGCCAGAGUACAUCAUAGGGAAUGAUCCAGUUUUGGUCCAGAUGCCAAUGGCAAAUGGGGUGUUUGUUGGAGCAGUCAUGGAUCUUUAUGUGACUGGAAAAGCUUUAUCUGCGAAGCAGGUCUCUGACCUGAGUAAAGGUGAGAGUAGUAUCUAUUCAAGGUUAAGUCGUAUUCUUCAACUGCAGUCUCAAAUCCUCAAUAGGGGUCUGUUGGAUAUUAAAAUACGUAUAUUGUUCUUUUACGGUCUUUGCUUGACAAUUAAGGGCAGCUUGAAACUUUUAAAAAACGCAAACUUAAUUAUUAACGUUAAGCGUGGAAAUAAAUAAUUAAUCGUAGUAUUAUUCUCAUUUUUUAAAGGCAAACCAAUUACACCUGUGAUAAACAAGGAAGAGUCGGAAAUACAUGGUUGCAAAGUCAAUGUAACGUGGAGUAGAAAGGAAAUAUGCACCAUAACGAAGACCACUGUACGCUUCAGGGAGAUAAAACCUCAAGGCGAUGAAGCAGAAUGGACAGAAUAUAAUGUUUCUUCAACCACCUAUUAUCUCCUAUAUCUGGAAUGCGACAAGAGAUAUGAAAUUGCAGUAUCUUCUUGGUUUCGAGAAGUUCAAAGCGAGUGGUCAGUCCCUCGGAAAUUUAAAACUACCUUUGCAGGUGAGACGUUACCUCAUGUACACUGUAUGUCCAAUAGCUGAUAGGGGUUUGGUAUUGAUACUAAGCUAUAUCUAGUGCGGCAAACCUCUGCCAGGGUCCAUAAGCGGAGCGGUCAGCCGGUCAUCUCUUUGUAGGGAAGCGGACAUCCCCUUUUAGCUCCCUCAGAAGCUACGUGGACAACAAAACAAAUCAAGACGGAAAUUUAUCACGAGAAAUCCUUUGAUGUUUUAAUAACACCAACAAACAUGAACAGAUUAGCCACCGCAUAUUGGAAAGUAAUCUGUAAUUUUUAUACAUUUAGCGAUCGUUCUCCUCCAAUUAGUCUGUCAAGACCUUGUAUAUAUACAUUUUUCAUAGCCAUCUUGACCAUCCACCCCCUUACCCUUCCCCCAACUGGCAAAACUAAGCGAGGAAGACAAACUGAUGUGACACAAUCGCUGUUUUCGACUUUGACUCGUCCGUCUAUAUACCGUGAAUACUUGACUGUCGCCCAGCUUAGAAUUGCUUUCCUCCACCCAUCUACUAAGGCCAAAGUAGUAAUGGUGUCUUUGAUAGGACUUGUCCUAAAGCAGGAAAACAUUCUGGAUUACUCUGUAAUAAACUUUACAAAAUCUGUCGUUCUGUUUUCAAAGAUCUUACAAAGAUGGCGACAUGGAAAAAGCAAUGAUCAACAUUGUUGACAGGAGAUAAUUUUUUUUUUUUCAACGUUGUUGACAGGAGAUAUAUUAUUAUUUUUUGGUUGAUUUUGUUACGUUUUGUUUCGUUUUAUUUUGUUUAAUUGUUUAUUUUUCUUUUGUAGAAGACACUCUAAAGCAAUAUCUGAAGGACGAAAAUUGUCAUUAUCAUUUUCCUUUUUCCUUGAUAAACAGUAGUUUCGAAAUUAAGAAAAAGAAAAUUGUUGACAUGUGUUCAAGUCCUCCAUAAAACGUAAAAUUUGGCAGUUUUACGCCUUGGUCGCACGUGACGGUAAAGCACUGGGAUGUUACUAAAACGGGGAACGGAGAGCAGGGAACGAGCAAAGGGGGAUGGGAAAAUGAAAAGUGCGAACAAAACAGAGAUUUUGAAACCAAGUUACUGAGAGGGCUAGGGUUGAAAUUAGGUUUUGUUCCCAUUUUUCAUUUUUCCGUUUCUUGUGCUCGUUCCUUGUUUUAGUUACAUUCUAGAGAACUGGAAAAAAAAGGGUGCUGCAUCCCAUGCGGGGGGGAUUACUCGGAUUUAUUUCAAGUGACAGGGAUGAUCGAAUGGGGGCAAAAAUGGAAACCUAAGAAAAUCCCUUGGACUUAAAACACCCCCCUCCCGCCACAAAAAAAAACCUGGACCAACAUUAACCCCCCCCGCCCCCCCCCAAAAAAAGAAAAAAAAUUCGAGAAAGCAAUAAAUGAUAUAAGACCCAAACAAAUCCGUACUUAAAUUAAGCUACCAAAAAAAUACUUGCCAAAAUUCUCCUAAACAAAAAAAAACCCAAAAUCCUUCGAUCAUCCCUGUCAAUUGAGCUCCGGAGUACCCACCCCCCCCCCCCACCCCACUGGGCGGCAGCACGUCCAAAGUUAUUGUUCUGCCAAUACAAACCUUUUGCUUUUUUGCCCCUCUCGUUACCUUUUUGCCUAUUAAUAACCGACAACGUCUGCCAUUAUUCUUCUUGUUGUAAUUAUUCCGUUUUAUGCUACCCGAAGCAUUCAAAGUAACAAUGAAAACAAUAGGAUAAAGAUAAAGAUUACACACGAUAUACGUAUUCGUAUCCCAAAAUAAGUUUAAUGGAACGAAUCCUAAGCAGGCCCCCGUGUUUGUUUUGUUAGGAAACCCCGUAUACGGCCGCUGGUUUCUAGACGGUAGUGAUUCAGAUGUAAGGUUAGUAGCGGUUAUACAUAUCUAGUUUGUUCAAUUAAUAUAAUGUUGGGGCCGGAGGUGGGCGGAAAAGGAAGUGGCGUUGGAUUCUUAUACCUUACCCCUGUUUGAUGUCGCUUUUUUUCUUUUUUAUUAUUUCAACCGAUUUUGCGCGAGAACCUUUUCUUUGUUUCUUACUUUUUCCUAACUCUUAAAUAAAAUUUCAGAUCGACCAUUUCAUAAGAAAUGCAGGUUUCAGCACUGCUUUAAACUUAUGCAUUUGCAUUUCUGACUGCUGCAGGUGGCAUCAUUAUACCCAGCGUUCACCGGUUAAAUUUUUGUCUCAUAACGUAGGAUUAUAUUCGAGGAUAAAAUAGUGGCUUGCAUGUUUCUAUGAUAGGUAAUUCUGUUUAUUCGCAGCUAGAUUCUAUUCAUUGUUUUUUUGUGAUCUUACAGGUAUUUUGGUACCGUUAACCAUACUGAAGGCUGGUGUCCUGGAAGCAAAGCGGCGAGUUUCAGUCACAAUGCUUCAUAUGCUACUGUGCCCAACAUUAACAUAAGAACCUGUGACUUUACAAUUGCAUUUUGGGUAAAGUAUAUUGGUGUUGACGGGCCUAUACUGGCACUUCGGUCAGAGGGUGGAAAAGUAUUUUACGUUACAGUCAAGAAAUCCCGUCUUCUUUUAUCGAUAGACAACACUUUCAACUUACAAAUCAAUUACUGGAAUCACGUAGCAGUAACCUGUCAGCUGCACAAGAUCAAGGUGUUCGUUAAUGGUGAGGAGGAGGCAUUGAUAGACGAAUGGAAUGAGUAUUUCUUUUCAUCGUUAGGCUAUUAUCAGCCAGAGUACAUCAUAGGGAAUGAUCCAGUUUUGGUCCAGAUGCCAAUGGCAAAUGGGGUGUUUGUUGGAGCAGUCAUGGAUCUUUAUGUGACUGGAAAAGCUUUAUCUGCGAAGCAGGUCUCUGACCUGAGUAAAGGUGAGAGUAGUAUCUAUUCAAGGUUAAGUUGUAUUCUUCGACUGCAGUCUCAAAUCCUCAAUAGAGGUCUCUUGGAUGUUAAAAUACGUAUAUUGUUCUUUUACAGUCUUUGCUUGACAAUUAAGGGCAGCUUGAAACUUUUAAAAAAUGCAAACUUAAUUAUUAACGUUAAGCGUGGAAAUAAAUAAUUAAUCGUAGUAUUAUUCUCAUUUUUUAAAGGCAAACCAAUUACACCGGUGAUAAACAAGGAAGAGUCGGAAAUACAUGGUUGCAAAGUCAAUGUAACGUGGAGUAGAAAAGAAAUAUGCACCAUAACGAAGACCACUGUACGCUUCAGGGAGAUAAAACCUCAAGGCGAUGAAGCAGAAUGGACAGAAUAUAAUGUUUCUUCAACCACCUAUUAUCUCCUAUAUCUGGAAUGCGACCAGAAAUAUGAAAUUGCAGUAUCUUCUUGGUUUGGAGAAGUUCAAAGCGAGUGGUCAGUCUCUCGGAAAUUUAAAACUACCUUUGCA